UCCUCCCUUCUUCUCUCCUCCCCACCCCUUUCCUCCAGCAGAGAAAAGUAUCUCAGAGCUGUCCUGGACUGUGUUCCUAUGCAAUUGUGAGCGCUGCCAUGGGGAUUCUCCUUGGAACUGCUGGUUUUUAAAGAACAAACCCACAUGCUGCCUUGCUACAGACCAUGGCCUGUACCCUAGAGAAAUUCAUCCAUUCCUUGGAUCCCAGAAGCCUCCCCAGGGUCCUCCAAAUCCAGUCAGGCAUUUACUUCCAAGGCUCCAUCUAUGAAAUGUUUGGAAAUGAAUGCUGUCUGCCAACGGGAGAAGUGAUUAAAGUUAUUGGGUUCAAAAUUAAUAAGCUUAUAGCAAGUAUCUGUGAGAAUAAUGAAGAAAGUCAAUGUUCAUCUAAAACUGAACUCUCUCUGAAUUUUCCAGGUCUUUAUAAGAUUGUGGUUGAUAAAACUCCAUACCUCAGCAUUGAAGAGAUUACAAGAAAGGUGUCUAUUGGGUCAACACGACUGGGCCACCCCUGCUUCUGUUGCCAGGAGGAUAUAAAACUGGCAAACCUCACCAUCAAACAGGGUGAGCAGAUUAUGUUCAACUCCGUGGAAGAGGUCAAUGGGACAAUGACUGUGAACUGUGGGGUGGUAAGAAAUAACCAGUCUCAUUCCUUUACUUUGCCAAUUUCACAACAAGGAAAGUUCUAUGAAUGUGAAGAUGACCAGAUUUAUACCCUGAAAGAAAUUGCUGAAUGGAAAAUCCCAAAGACCAGGAAUCGGACUGUGAAACUUUUUAGUAUUUUGCAUAGUUGGGACUCCUCUAACCCAUUUCCUGAAAAUUUUGAUGGCAGUCUGAUUCUGGCACCAGUUUAUGAAGUUCAGGCAGUGAUGAAAUUUCGAAAGGAUAUAGUUCAUAUCCUCUCUGAUCUAGACAUUGAAGUCAAAGAUGUAACAGACUUUUAUGAUAUUAACUGUUUUCUUCAACCAUUAUCUUUGGAAGAUGUGUUUGAAAAGACAGGCAAAGAAUUUCCUAUGGUUGCUGAGAUUAUAGAGGGGUCUGUACAAAGUAAUCUACUUUAUAAUUUAUUCUACCCUGGGAAAGAGAUCAUCAUUCACAAAAAGUACCAGGCAUCAAGAGUCCUUGCAUCUGAGAUCAGGAGUGAUUCUCCUAAAAGACAUUUUUUAAUUCCUGCCAGCUAUAAAGGAAAAUUUAAGCGAAGACCUCGGGAAUUGCCAACCGCCUAUGACCUGGAGAUAGCAAGAAGUGGAAAGGAGCAACUUCAUGUGGUAGCAACAAAAGCCUUUGACUCUCCCCACAAGGAGCUGUUUUCUGUUUCUGUUGGAGACCAAUUCAUAGUACAGCAGUGUCAGACUAGUGAAGUUGUAUAUGAAGGAAGAAAAAAAGUGGUAGAUGUCUUGGCCUGUGAACAAAUACUAAACAAUGCCUAUGAGCAAGUGCUACUUCCUAUGUAUAUGGAAGGGGGCUUUGUAGAGGUGGUUCAUGACAAAAGGCAGUACCAGCUUUCAGAGAUUUGCAAAGAGUUCCGCUUGCCCUUUAAUGUCAAGGUGUCAGUGAGGGAUCUUUCCAUUGGAGAGGACAUCUUGGCUGCUGUGCCUGGCUUGCAACUUGAAGAAGAAAUCACAGACUCUUACUUGCUAAUCAGCACUGUCAGCAAUCCCACAGACAGUUGGGAAAUUCCUGUGUAUCGUUUAAAUAUGUCUAUUCAUCUGCUCAGCAAACCUGUUAAAGAAACUGCAUCCUCAGCCACCAGGACUAUUGUGGAAGAAAUUAGUGAAGAACAAUAUUAUAUGGUAAGGAGAUAUGAAAAUCAAUCCCUACAUCCACCACCCAGACCUCCCAAAAAGCCAGCAGCACUGGGGUCCAAAUGUCUUCUUGCCAAACCAAACCAAAGUGCAUCGGAUACUUCUCUGAAGACUCUGGAGAUGAUGAUAGGUCGCCCACAUUUUACAUCCAUAGAGGAGAGUGGGGAUGUUGACUCUUUUGUAGACCUGGAUCUUGGUGUCUUUCUGGAGGUAGUAAUGGAUAAAGAUAUACCAAGACAAUUUCCAGAAGGAAGUACUUGCCCACUGGAUCCUGUACUGGAUCUCCUCAUCAGUGUUCACUAG